AUGGCCGUGGUCGAAGAAGAGUCGUACAAGCGGACUACGCGCGAUUUGACGCACCUGACGGAGGAGAGCAUCGACGCGUUUAUUGCGUCGCACAAAAAGUCGAGCGAUCUGCUGAAGGCGUACAAGAUCGCCAAGGACCCGCACGGCUGGAACGCGAAGCAGACCGCGGCGGUGCACGACCACGAGGCGGCACUCGCAACGGCCGACGACGAGGACACGACCAAGAAGCGCAAGCAGCCCGCCGCGCCGGCCAGCCGCAAGAAGCGAAAGGAGGAGGCGGAAGAGGCGCCGAAAGAGGAGCCAAAGGAGGAGCACGAAGAGGAGCUGGACCCGCAGACGAAAAAAGUGCGCGAAUGGCGCCACAAGCUGCAGCGUGCGUUCCUCAGCAAGGACGGCGUGAUCAAGCCGGAGGAUAUGGAGGCGCAGGACGCCACCCUCAAGAUCGUCGAGGCGUACGACGAGAUCACACCGGAGCAGCUUAAGGCGACCAAGAUCGGCAAGGUGAUGAAGCGCAUCCACCAGCUUCCCGAGAUUCCCAAGGACGAGCAGUUUCACUUCCGCGAGCGCGCAGGAGUAUUAAUGAACAAGUGGGGGGCCAUUCUCGGGGCGACACUGCCGGCAGACGCGUAG